AUGAAUAGACCAAGGAAGAAGAAGGAGCCGACUCUCAUGGAUGAACUAAGAGAACGAAAUCUGCUAAGCGAAGGUGAAGUGGUGGAAAUCCCAGAUCUACAGAAUAAUGAUUUGAUAGAGGAAAAUUCAAUGAGCGUCAUAGGUUUGGAUGACAGAGUAAGGGGGAGAGGAGUGGGUGAUAAUCGGGUCCAGUUUAUCUUUGAAACGGAAGGUGAUCUCUAUCAUGUCUUAUACAGAGGCCCGUGGUUCGUAAAUGGUUGGAUAGUCUCGCUUGAUCAAUGGAAACCUAAUCCAGGACCAGAUUUUCUUAACAAAAUCCUAUUUUGGGUUCGUAUAAGGAACAUCCCCAUUCAUCUCUUAAAGAAGCAGGCAGUGGAGAUUAUCAUUGAGCCUCGGGGUAAGGUUGUAGCGGUUGAGCUUCAUGCAAAAAACUCAAACUCUCUGGAGUAUGUGAGAGCUAGAGCUUGGUAUAAGGCAGAUGAACCGCUUGAGUUUGUAAAGAAUGCAAGGUUCUCAACAGGAGAAGUGGUUAAAGUGGAGAUUGAAUAUGAAAAACUUCUUAAGAAAGCGAAGGAUAGACUGCAAAGGCCUGGUGGAAGGGAGCAAAGGAAACAACCUUGGGCUAUUCAGGAGUGGCGCCCAAAAGGAAUAACAAUUCAUCAGGAUAGGGCUGAGGAAGGUAGUGCGAAGGGAGAAGGUGCGAAGAGCUCUAGUGAAUCUAUCUGUUCUCCUUCAAAGAAAAGGCGCCUGAGCAACAAUGGGGAAAGAAAAUCAAAAAAGGCAAAAACUGGUGAUUCUCCUUCUGUCUUUGAAAGACUGGGUAACAGUGGUGAACGAGUACAGAAAUCAAGUAGGGAAGGGUCAUUAGGAGGUAAGAACAAGAGCUCUCCGACUGUCUUUGAUAGACUAGGCACUCAAGCGGCUAGUUCAAGUCCUAAGUCAGGAGCGUCUGCUUCGUUUUCCUCUCACUCUGCUCAAGUAGCAGCUCAUUUACUGAAUCAUUCUGCACAAGUGGCAGCUAAGUCUCCUAUUGGAGCAAUUCGACAUCUAAGGGAAAUACGAGGUCGGUAUUUCCCUGAGAUAACAUUCCUCUGUGAGACCAAAAAUAAAAGAGAUUACUUGGAGAAUGUUCUACAUCAUUUAGGUUAUUUUGAUAUACGUACGGUGGAGCCAGUUGGUAAAAGUGGGGGAUUGGCUUUGAUGUGGAGAGAGUCUGUCUCGGUUAAGGUUUUGCAGGCGGAUAAUCGAAUGAUAGAUGCUCUUAUCAAUUGGCAAGAGAAGAUUGGUGGACCAUUAAGAAAAGAUGCGACAUGUGCUGAAUUCAGACAGAUGCUCUCAGUCUAUGGCAUGUGGGACAUAAAGCACACUGUUUAUCAGUUUUCUUGGUAUGGGAACAGAAAUGAUGAAUUGGUCCAAUGUAGGCUCGACAGGACAGUAGCUAAUCAGCUUUGGAUGGAGCUAUUUCCUUCGGCCCAAGCAGAGUAUCUCCAGAAGGUGAGUUCUGAUCAUAGUCCCCUAAUAACAAGCCUAUUGGGUGAGCAAAGAAAGAAGUGGGCUACCUUUAGGUAUGAUCAGCGAUGGAUAGCGAGAGAGGGCUUUAAAGAGCUUAUCUCUAACUUCUGGAGAAAGGAGGGUGUGGUUUCCCAUGGCUCUAUGAUGAGUAGGAUUGCUGCCUGUCGAAAGGAAAUCUCCAGAUGGAAGAGGGAUAAUCAGCCUAGUUCAGCAAGAAGAAUCCAAGCACUUCAUCAUCAAAUCGAUCUCGCUACUAGGCAGAACCCCUUUAGUAGACAGGAGCUCCUUAAGCUUAAGAAUGAGUUGAAGAUAGAGUAUCGCCAUGAGGAGACUUAUUGGAAGGAUAAGAGCCGGCUGACUUGGCUUAACAAUGGUGAUAAAAACACGAAAUUUUUUCACGCUGCAACCAAGAACAAAAGAGCCCAAAACAGGAUUCAGAGGCUUGUGGACGAUGAGGGUAAGGCGUGGUUUGGGGAUAAUGAUCUGGGUAGAUUGGCAGAAAACUACUUUAAACUGUUAUUUACCUCUGAGGACGUGGGCCAUAAGGUUACAGAUAAACUGGGUGAAGGUAAUAAAGUGUCUCCGGUGGAGAACGCUCAACUCUUGAAGGAAGUAACCUUAGAGGAAGUCAAGCAUGCGGUCUUUGCUAUGAAUCCGAGUAAAAGUCCUGGACCGGAUGGUAUGACAGGUCACUUUUAUCAGCAGAACUGGGAUGUUUUGGGAGAGCACUUGUUGAUGAUGGUUCAAGGCUUCUUCCACUCAGGCAGUUUGGAUAGAGAUAUGAACAAGACUAAUAUUUGUCUGAUCCCAAAGAAGAUAAAGGCAGAGCGACUGACUGACUUUCGGCCAAUCAGCCUUAGCAACGUAGUGUAUAAAAUUAUUGCUAAGGUGAUGGCUAAUCGGCUUAAGAAGGUGUUGCCUGGAGUAGUGUCUGAAACUCAGGCGGCUUUCAUCAAAGGGAGAUUGAUCACCGACAACAUUCUCGUGGCACAUGAGCUUCUUCAUGCUUUGGAUUCACCAAAUAAAUGCUCUGAGGAUUCCUUAGCAAUCAAGACCGAUAUUUCUAAAGCGUUCGAUAGAGUAGAAUGGUCGUUUCUACAGGAUGCAUUGAAGUUGCUAGACAACAUUCUCGUGGCACAUGAGCUUCUUCAUGCUUUGGAUUCACCAAAUAAAUGCUCUGAGGAUUCCUUAGCAAUCAAGACCGAUAUUUCCAAAGCGUUCGAUAGAGUAGAAUGGUCGUUUCUACAGGAUGCAUUGAAGUUGCUAGGUUUCUCGGAGAGAUGGAUAAGGUUAAUCAUGACCUGUGUGAGAACAGUAAACUACCAGGUGUUAAUCAAUGGAUCCCCAUUUGGGGAAAUCACUCCCACCAGGGGUUUGAGACAAGGAGACCCUUUGUCUCCUUAUCUAUUUGUUCUGUGUUCAGAGAUAUUGGUUCGAAUGUUGCAAGAUGCGGAAAGUAGAGGCAAAAUCACAGGACUCAAAGUAGCAAGGAGUGCACCCUCAGUCUCUCACCUCCUAUUCACGGAUGACAGUAUAUUCUAUUGUAAGGAGAAUGAUGAUGAGCUUCAACAUUUGAUUAGUAUCUUGGAUGAGUACAACAUUGCAUCAGGCCAGCGUAUUAAUUACCAAAAGUCAAGCAUAUACUUCGGGAGAAGAAUAACUCAGGAGCGUCGAGACCUUAUCAAAGCUCUAACUGGCAUUGCUGCUGAGGGAGGACAAGGUUUUUACUUGGGAUUGCCAGAAGCUUUUGGCGGAUCUAAGGUCACUAUUUUACGAUACCUAAAGGAGAGACUUCAGCAUAAAGUCUCGGGAUGGCAAACAAACUUUCUCUCCUUUGGCGGUAAAGAGAUCCUCUUAAAAUCGAUUGCCAUGGCACUGCCUUCACACACAAUUUCGUGCUUUAAACUACCGAAGACAGUCAGUCAGCAACUAGCUUCUGUAAUGGCUGAUUUUUGGUGGAGGAACAAACAGAAUUCAAAAGGCAUGCACUGGCGGGCUUGGGAACACCUCAGUAAGCCCAAAUCAGAGGGGGGAUUGGGAUUCAAGGAAAUUGAAGCUUAUAACAUAGCUCUCUUUGGUAAACAACUAUGGAGAAUGUUGAUGAACCCCAAUUCGCUCAUCGCUAGGGUUUUUAAAAGUCGAUACUUCAGCAAAUCCAGUCCUUUAUCUGCUAAACUUGGCUCCAGACCCUCAUUUGCUUGGCGCAGUAUCCACGAGGCACAAGAGUUAUUGAAGCAAGGAGUUAGAGCUAUUAUUGGAAAUGGAGAGUCUGUGAAUCUCUGGCAGGACCCAUGGCUUGGCUCUAAACCUGCUCUGAGCUUACAUAAUGUUUGUAUCAUUCCUUCCGACCUACACAAGUCAGUUUCAAAAUUGAUGAAGGUUAAAGAUAUUAUGGAGGAUAGCAGGCGGGCCUGGAGACAGGAUUUGCUAGACACACUUUUUACUAUGGAAGAUAGGAACUCGAUUGGGAACUUAAGGCUUAAUGGACAUAACAGAUCAGAUAGUUAUACGUGGGAUUAUGCUAGGACAGGACAAUACUCGGUAAAAUCUGGAUAUUGGGUUCUGACUCAGGUCAUCAACACUCAGAAGGGUCCUCAAGCAGUUACACAACCUAGCCUAAAUCCUCUUAUAAGUCAAGUCUGGAGAACAAAGGCGAGUCCUAAGGUCCAACAUUUCCUUUGGAGGUGUCUCUCUAAUUGUCUCUCUGUGGCAAAAAACUUAUCUCAUCGUCAUCUCUCUAGAGAUAAUUCAUGUGUGAGAUGUCCUCAUGAAGCAGAAUCGACGAACCACCUUUUGUUUCAAUGCACCUAUGCAAGGCAGGUAUGGGCACUAUCCCCCAUUCCGGCACCCUCUGGAGGCGAGUGGUCUAAUUCUCUCUAUGCUAAUAUGUUCUUCGUCCUGAAUGCUGCUUCGCUAUACCCACAACGAGACGACUUGGAUAAGGAUGUUCCUUGGGUACUUUGGAGGCUCUGGAAGUCUCGUAAUGAACUCAUCUUCAAAGGAAAGGACUUUAAUCCCCAAAAUACAGUAGAGACGGCAUUAGAGGAUGCUGAGGAAUGGGAUCAAAGGAAAAAGAAUGAGCAUGAGAAAUUGACUAGAGGGCACCCUGUACCAAAGAGGACUGAGGAUGCAAAGUGGAAGCUACCUCCAAGAGAAUGGGUCAAAUGCAAUACUGAUGGAGCUUGGAGGGGAGAAGAUACAUUGAGUGGUACGGGGUGGGUACUUCGUAAUAACACAGGGGAUGUUCUUUGGAUGGGAGCGCAAGCCAUUCGAUGUGCAUAUUUGGCGAUGGAAGUAGAGCUGGAAGCAAGUGGGGGGGCAAUACACUCAAUGCUCCGUCUGAACUAUACAAGGGUUAUAUUUGAAUCAGAUUCUUUGGGCCUGGUUAAUUUGCUAAAUAGUGAGGAGAUUUGGCAUGCAUUUGCUCCUUUGCUCUAUGACAUAAAAUGUUUGAUCUCUUCCUUCCAAGACUUUAAGAUUGUGUAUGUCCCAAGAGUUUGUAAUAGUGUGGCCGAUCGAGUAGCAAGGGAAUCUCUUUCUUUUGAGAACUAUGAUCCCAAGUUCUACUCGAUGAUGUCUUCAUGGAUUAAGCAUUUUGUAGUGAAAGAUAAACAGAGUGUAUUAUGA